CCAAAAACCAGACACUUAGAGAGGAAGACAUACUGUAACAUGACCAACCACAAUUUCAUUUGUAGAAUUGUAACACCAUUAGUUUAAUUAAUUAGAAAAUUAACUACAGGGGUAAAAAUCAUACAAAAGGUGACAGUAAAAGCUUUAAGUAUCUGUGGGAAUAUAAAGGAUUUACAGGACAAAAACGAAUUUUGAGAAUACAGCAUCAUACAGUGAUGAUGAAAAAGCAAAGAGGAGCUGUGAAAUCAUUGAUGGAGAUGAGUUUGAUUAUGCUGCUUAUGCCGUCAGGAAUUUUAAGCAGCACGUCUGAUUUCAUGCGAAAGUACUACUACAUAAAUCAGAGUAUGACAUGGGCAGCAGCUCAGAGUUACUGCAGACAGAAGCACAUUGAUCUGGCUACUGUAGACUCUAUGAAUGAUGUGAACAAGCUGAUACAUACUGUGGAUCCUGGGUACAGUGGAUCAGUGUGGAUUGGACUGAACAGGGCAACACAGGGUCGAUGGGUUUGGUGUACGGGAGAUGACACUCUUUCACAGUACAGUAACUGGAUGGCAGGAGAACCUAAUGGUGAUGGACCUUGUAUUGAUGUUUCCAAAGGACUUUGGAAUGAUUGUCCCUGCUAUUAUGCUUGGAAUUUUGUGUGUUACAAUGAAAGUGUCGGAAACGUCCUGAUAACGACUCCAAAAAACUGGAAUGAUGCUCUGAGUUACUGCAGACAGUAUCACACUGAUCUGGGCGCUGCUCGCAGCUCUGUGGAGCAGAACCAGCUAAGUAAUGUUUCUGGAAAUGGACCGUGGGCCUGGAUCGGACUGUUCUUUGACACUUGGCAGUGGUCUGACCUAAGGAAGUUCUACUUUAGAUACUGGGCAGCAGGACAACCAACAUCUGGUGACUGUGUUGCCAUGUCAACAACUGACUCUGGGAAAUGGGCAAGUUACAGCUGUGACCAAUCACGUCCUUUUAUCUGCUAUGAUGGCAAGUUUACCCAGUUAACAGAAUAAAAUACUUCAAGGUAAUGUUCCUUCUUUAAAUAUUUAAUUUUAUUCUUUAUUUAUUUUUAAA